AUGAGAAACCUUCAUCGUCUUCACCCGACAGCCCUCGAUGAGUCGGGGGCCAGACAGGAAGACCUCGACGAGCUGUUCAAAAGGGACCUCAGGGACGACUUCAAAGAGGACAUGGAAGAUGACUCCGGAGAAGACUCUUCGGGGGACUCCAGAGAAACCCUCGAAGAGGGCUUCACAGAUGACAGCAGAAGGCUUAAAGAGUUGAUACAUCAUGUAUCCGUACACGACGACGAGUCCAUGGCAGAUGAGGAUAGCCCAGCACCUAUUGACGAUGACGAGUCCAUGGACGAUGAGGAUAGCCCAGCACCUAUUGACGAUGACGAGUCCAUGGACGAUGAUGUCGGCGCUGCAGCCGAAGGUGACGACGACGACCAGCCCUCCACCCCAACACAACCUCAACCACAACCUCAACCUCCGCAACCUCAACCACAACACAACCUCAACCACAACCUCAACCUCUCCUACACCCAGGGCCCAUUGACAAACUUAGGUCCGCCGUGGGACCACAACGACGAUGGCGGAGUGGUAGAACUAUUCCCCUCGAAUCCCAAAGAUGAAGCAGAAGAGGAGGAGGAUGUCGAUGAGAUAUUGUGGGACGCCGAGCUCUCAUCCGAAGACGAAGAAUCUGCCUACCGUUCUGAAGACGAGGACGAGGACGAAGAUGAUGAUGACGACGACGACGAAUCCAAGUUGCACGCCGCUGCGUCCGACACCGAAAUACCCGAACAAGAAGACGAAGAAGAAGAGGGCGAAGAGGACUCUGGGGAGGAGUUUUAUCCGGAGCCUAGGCCUAGAUACCUCGACACCAGCUUCAGUUACACGCUAGUGCUUCUCCUUCUACAAGACUCAAAUGAUACCGUUACACACAGCGUUCUUGAACCUGUAUCGUAUCGCUUUGGCUCCUCACGAGCUCCAUACCGACCGCCGUUGAUCGCUCACACGCCGAAUUCCCAUCCUCUCCAAUCCUCUGACCUGAGCCACGCUCGCAUUUCGCAGGCGGUAGCAGGAGGUCCCCUCGCCAUUGUGAUCGAAACACGCAGCAUAUGCGACACAACUACAUCAUGA